AUGGUAGCUCAAUCUUCUUCUUCCUCCGCUGCACUACGGAACAAGCUCGUUAUCAGACGAUUACCACCUACUUUGCCAGAAGAUGUAUUCUGGAAAUCCGUAUCUUCCUGGAUAGAUGAGAAGACUUGUUUGUGGAAGGGAUAUAUAAAGGGGAAAGCAAGCGAUGGAGGAUCCGAUUCCCAUCCUGUGCAUUCCAGGGCGUAUGUUCUCCUGGCCACUCCUGAGUCGUUGGUAGAUUUCGUUAGAGGUUUCGAUGGACAUGUAUUCAAAUCUAAAACAGGAGCCGAAUAUCAAGCGGUGGUGGAAUUUGCACCUGUUCAAAAAACACCUUAUAAAGCUAAAGUCAAAGUGGAUUCUAGACAGGGCACAAUUGAUGAUGAUCCAGAUUACUUGUCGUUCUUAGAGAGUCUCAAAGCAGAACCUAUCAAACCUGUCUUGGAAGUUACAGCUCCACAGUCUCAGCCUACCACCACCCCUCUCCUUGAGCAUCUUCGAACUCAAGGGAAAUCCAAGAAAUCUAAAUCCGCAUCCAAGUCAGGGGCCUCAUCAUCAUCAGCCAAUGAAUCCGCUCGUCGUGCAGCUGCAUUAGCAAGUGUCACUGCAGCGGCUACCAAACGUGCUGCUCAAGCUGGAACCGGUCCUGUAAUGGUCGCUGGGAAAGGAAGAGAAGUUCACAUCGCUGCUUCGGCGGCAGCGGCAGAUUCAAAAACGCCUACUCAAGACGAUGGAGAAGCCAAGAAAAAAGGCAGGAAUAGGAAAAAAGGAAAGAAAGAAGGAGAACAAGGUGGACAGGGUGUACAACAGAAUGGUGUCAAACAGAUUCCCAAUCCUGCUCCUGCUCCUGGCCCUGGUUCUGGACAAAAUCAAGGUCAAUCCAGACCAUCUCAACCACCUUCGAUGGCUGGUCAAAAUGGAGGAGGAGGACAAAAAAUCCACCAAAACCAAAGACAAGAUGUAGGGAAACAAAAGCCUUCCGGUGGUUCGGUAAACCCCGAAAACUCGAGUGGAUCUAAAGAAGGUAGAGGUAACAGAAAUGGUCGAGGUGGGGCAUCAGGUGCUAAGGGAGCAGAAAGUGGUGGUGGUGGCGGUGGUGGUAGAGGAAGAGGUAAGGAUAGGUCCGGAAAAGGACAAGUCAUGGAAAUCCUCAGCAGGAACUCAGCGGGCGCGGGUCCAACAUCCAAAGUCGGUAGAGGUGAAGGUGCGCCGGGCGCAGGAGCUGGUUCUGGUGCAGGUGCUGGAGCUGGUGCAGGUGCAGGUGCUGGAGCUGGGGCAAGAGCACGGGCAAAAGCUGGUAAGGGUGAACCUAUCCAGUCCGACAUUGGAGCAUCAAGAGCUCGUAUCGAUGUACCCUGA